GGCCUGGAUGCUGAACUUUAUUAUGUCCGGAACGAUAUCAUAAAUCACUAUGCUUUAUCUUUUAAUCUGCUCAUUCCAACUGAGACGAGCAAGCUCCAUUUUAGCUGGCACUCUAAAUCUAAGGUGGAAUACAAAUUGGGGUUUCAUGUAGACAAUCCCAUAGCCAUGGACACACCCACAGACCAAUAUCUCAAUGCAAGGGGAUGUCCCGCGCUCUUUAUCAGUGUUUAGAGUGGAUCUUUUCUGCUCGGGGAAAAUGGACACUGAAGUCCUGUUAGUCAUGCAGCUCAACGUAACAAUCAGUCCUGCCAAAAACAUCACAGUCCUCAAUUUUAAGAGGAGGAAAAUGUGCUACAAGAAGGUCGAACCAGAGCUCAAACCCCCAUUGUCUCCUGACAGGAACAGCACAAGAAUUCACUUUGAUCCUGUUAAUGUAGCUCCAACCACCUCAACCCGUGUAUUCUACAUCAGCGUUGGUGUCUGCUGUGCGGUCAUUUUCUUAGUGGCCAUUAUACUGGCUGUGCUGCACCUUCACAGCAUGAAGAGAGUAGAAUUGGAUGACAGCGUAAGUGACAGCAGCAGCUCCCAGGGACUCUCUCAGCCUUCUACACAGACGACACAAUACCUGCGAGCAGACACCCCUAACAACGCCACGCCUGUCACCAGCUCCUCAGGUUAUCCAACACUGCGGAUCGAGAAGAACGACCUGAAAAGUGUUACUCUUCAAGAGGCAAAGGUCAAGGUUAAGGACAUUGCUAUUUCCCGGGAGAGAGUGACACUCAAAGAUGUCCUUCAAGAAGGCACAUUUGGUCGAAUUUUCCAUGGUAUUCUAGUGGACGAUAAAGAUCCCAGCAAAGAGAAGCCAGUGUUUGUAAAAACUGUGAAAGAUCAAGCUUCUGAGGUACAAAUCACCAUGAUGCUGACUGAAAGCUGCAAACUGAGAGGACUACACCACAGGAAUCUGCUUCCUGUUGGACACGUCUGUAUAGAGGAUGGGGAAAAACCUAUGGUACUGCUGCCUUACAUGAACUGGGGCAAUCUGAAGCUCUUCCUGAGACAGUGCAAGUUGGUUGAAGCCAAUAAUCCACAGGCUAUUUCCCAGCAAGAUCUUGUGCAUAUGGCAAUUCAAAUAGCCUGUGGGAUGAGUUACUUGGCCAGAAGAGAAGUUAUCCAUAAAGACCUUGCUGCUAGGAAUUGUGUGAUUGAUGAGUCUCUUCAAGUGAAGAUUACAGAUAACGCACUAUCCCGUGAUCUCUUCCCUAUGGAUUACCAUUGUCUUGGAGACAAUGAAAACCGUCCGGUACGAUGGAUGUCUCUUGAGAGUUUGGUUAACAAGGAGUUCUCGAGUGCUGGUGAUGUGUGGGCAUUUGGUGUAACCUUGUGGGAGCUGAUGACACUGGGCCAGACUCCUUAUGUUGAUAUUGAUCCUUUUGAAAUGGCUGCUUACCUUAAGGACGGCUACAGAAUAGCUCAGCCAAUCAACUGUCCUGAUGAGCUGUUUGCAGUUAUGGCAUGUUGUUGGGCUCUGGACCCAGAAGAAAGACCCAAGUUUCAACAGCUGGUGCAAUGUCUAACUGAAUUCCACUCAGCACUCGGUGCCUAUGUCUGA